CUAUAGCAUAAUAAUGUACAGUGCGCUACUAUGGCGACUAGUCGAUUAAACUAUUACCGUUAACGCCUCAUUAAUUAUUACACAAUAAACACGUACAAUAUGCGUAAAUACGAAAAUACGCAUAUUCGAUAGACGAAAGUGCGAUUGGACUCUACAAUACUAUCCGUCGAUAAUUUUCAGGGCCUGCAGCACGGCCAGACGGAUUUGCAGGAUACAGCAACACAAGGAUAAUAAACACCUAAUAAUAUCGUAUACGGCGUUAGUGUAUAGAGGAGCUCGGGCAAGUCAUACGACUUACGGCAACAAACCAUCAUCAUGACCGUGGAUACGGAAAGCACGGUCGGUUGCGAAACCAUCUCACCGCCAACGGGUCUGAUGCGCGACGUGUUCCGGUCGUUUGACAGUUUGAUGCCGAUACCGUUCACCGGAUGUCGGGUCCACUUUCUGACCAAGAGGAUGGAAUUGCCGAUCACGACUGUGUUCAAGCUGAACACGAACGGCCCCAAGCCAGCGGGCCUGUGGGUGUCGACCUUGUACGAAAUAGCCGGAUGGCAGAACUUAAACGCUUCCGCCAUGGCCGACUUGCACCCCAAGUCGGGCAGGUGGAACUUUGAAGCGAUCGGCCGGUUGGACAACAGCGGAAACUGGUUGGACGUGUCACUGGCCGGACAGGUGUGCAAAUGGUGUCAUCCCGUCAAGUUUCUGGUCAACUUAGACUACUGGUUUCCGACACGGACACUGUCCUUGUCCAUCGACCCGCUGUUCAAACACUGUGCGUUCCAAAUCUUGCAAUCAGUAACAGAUCGACUGUCGCUGGGCGCAAAUUUGGCAUUCAAAAGGGACGCCUCGUGCGACCUCAACAUGUCUAAUUUGCGGCCAAGCCUGGUGGCCAAGUACGCAGGGCCUUCUUACUUUAUCAGUGGCAGAGUAAGCACGACAGACUGGGCAACCAAAGUGGCGUACUACAAACAUUGCACCGAUUGGAUACAAUCGGGCACGGAGGUCGACGUGAAUCCGGCCAAUUCGAAGGUUACUACUCGGUUGGCGUUUCGCAUCCUGUCAGAUACGUCCGUGUUCCGGGCCGCCGUCGACACGAAUGGCAUCGUCAGCAGCUUAUGGGAGAAGCGGCUGGACGAUCGGACGGCCAUAUCGCUGAGCGCGUUCUUGAACCACACAAUGGACAACUGCGGAGUGGGCAUCGGGUUGUCGUUCGAAUAA